AAUAAAAAGCAGCUGCGGGAGCAAAGUGGACCUUUCUGCAAUUGAGACAUGUCUUUCUUCACGAGAGUUUUGACGAUGAAGCGCAGGCAGGCGCUUGAAUCUGAGACAACUUACUUCUACCACGCGAUUUUUGCCAGCAGGUUUCACCAACUGCCCAAACUUUCCAGCAGCCAGUCCCUGGAGGUGCAGAAUAACUCUCCAGCGGCGGCAGAGAACAAAGGCGAGGAGAUGGUGGCAGGCUCGGGGCGCGCAGGGGAGCUGCUGGAGCCCACCCCGCACCAGCUUAGCAGGGUGAAGAGCCUGCAAGAAAUGCCGGGACCCAACACCCUCUACAAUCUCUACGAGUUCUUCUGGAAGGACGGCUUCGGCCGCAUUCAUGAAAUCCAGCAAAAACACACUCAGGAAUAUGGAAAGAUCUUCAAGUCUCACUUUGGUCCCCAGUUUGUUGUAUCCAUUGCAGAUCGAGAUAUGGUUGCUCAAGUCCUCCGAGCAGAAGGUAGAACACCACAAAGAGCUAACAUGGAAUCCUGGCAGGAAUACAGAGACUUACGAGGAAGAGCCACGGGACUUAUUUCCGCGGAGGGGGAACAGUGGCUAAAAAUGAGAAGUGUACUGAGGCAAAAAAUUCUGAAACCCAAAGAUGUGGCUGUUUACUCUGAAGGAGUCAGUGAAGUUAUCACAGACUUAAUUAAAAGAAUCCACACCCUCAGAAGUCAAGAGGACGAUGGGGAAACAGUGACCAAUGUUAACAACGUUUUCUUCAAGUAUUCAAUGGAAGGUGUGGCAACUAUUCUGUAUGAAUGCCGGUUGGGCUGCCUGGAAAACAACGUCCCACAACAGACUGUUGAAUAUAUUGAGGCUCUGGAAUUGAUGUUUAGUAUGUUUAAGACUACUAUGUAUGCAGGUGCUAUUCCCAAAUGGCUUCGACCACUUAUUCCAAAACCCUGGAGAGAGUUCUGCAGAUCCUGGGAUGGACUCUUCAAAUUUAGUCAAAUCCAUGUUGACAACAAAUUGAAGAAUAUUCAGUCUCGGCUGGACCAAGGAGAAGAAGUGAAUGGUGGGCUACUUACAUACCUCCUAGUGAGUAAGGAGCUUACUUUGGAAGAGAUCUAUGCCAAUAUGACUGAAAUGCUUCUGGCAGGAGUGGACACAACUUCUUUUACUUUGUCCUGGGCAACAUACUUGUUGGCAAAGCACCCUGAGGUUCAGCAACGUGUUUAUGAGGAAAUAGUCAAUAAGUUGGGGAAAGAUCAAGUUCCUGUUGCUCAUGAUGUCCCAAAAUUGCCUUUGAUUAGAGCUGUGCUGAAAGAAACCUUGAGGUUAUAUCCAGUAUUGCCAGGAAAUGGAAGAGUGACCCAAAAAGACUUGAUUGUUGGCGGAUACUUGAUACCUAAAGGGACGCAGCUGGCACUCUGUCAUUAUACUACUUCAUACAGUGAAGAAAAUUUUUCAAUGGCAAAUGAGUUCCGACCUGAGCGCUGGCUGAGGAAAGAUAAUUUGGACAGAGUAGACAAUUUUGGUUCCAUCCCCUUUGGUUAUGGCAUUCGAAGUUGUAUAGGAAAAAGAAUUGCAGAGCUGGAAAUUCAUCUUGCACUGAUUCAGUUGCUUCAGAAUUUUGAGAUCAAAAUUUCUCCCAAAACUGAACCAGUUCAUGCCAAAACCCACGGACUUUUGACUCCUGGAAAUUCCAUCAAUGUGAGAUUUUCUGACAGAAAGUGAGACUCAAAUGUUUUGGAAAUACUUGUGUGAUUUUCACGGGAACAGACUUGCAUCUUAUGGAUGUUUAAUCAUGCUUGUUCUCUGGUUUGUAGGUAUUUGGCAAAAUG